AUGUAUGAUAGUGUCAUGUCUGAAGAAGUUGAUAUGAAUGUUAAAAAUGAGGAAGAUGUUGGCGUGAAAGUAGAACACGUUGAUUGCUUUGAUGCCUUAAAUACUUCUCAAUUAUUUACUAAUCGUGAUGAAGUUUUACAUUGGGUUCGAUCGGUGGCUCAUGACAUUGGAUUUGUUGUCGUGAUAAUGAGGUCAGACACCAAUACUGGUGUUAGAGGAAGGGCCUCAUUUCUGUUAAUAGCUUGCGAAAGGAGUGGUGAGUAUAGGCCUAAGAAGAAUGAUUUGAUAAGAACAUGCACGGACAGUAGAAAAAGUGGAUGCCCGUUUAAGUUGCGUGCAAAGGUUGAGAGUGCUCAUUGGUCGUUAAAGAGACUCCUACAAAACUCCCUUGGUGACGCAUGCGGUGUUUUGGAAGCAAUGAACAACAUGAUGACACUUCAACACACCCAGAUUAAAGCAUCUUUUGAGACAAGUACGCACGUGGUUGGGCAUGUGUUUAAAGUUACCUUGUACAAAAAACUACUUGGCAUGGUAUCAAGGUACGCUUUAAAUGAAAUUAUUGCUGAGUAUGAGCCUGAUUCUAUUGAAAACAUUAUUGAUGUCAAAGUGGAUGGUAACUAUGGUUAUAGGGCAAUAGCUGCCUUAUUGGGUAUGGGUGAAGAAUCAUGGUCAUUGGUGCGCAACCAUUUGCAUAAAGAACUGACAAGCUGGUCGGAAGAGUAUAUCGACCUGCUUGUGGUGGCAUAG